UCUCCAGACUCCAGCAUGUUUUGUCCCAGCUGGUCCCAGCUGGUCCCAGGCGGUCCCAGGCGGUCCCGGCCUCCCCCUUCGCGAUGCGGCCUCUCCUGGACCCCCGCUGGCCGCUCCUCCACCUGGUGGAGCAGGAGGUGCUCCUCCACCUGAUGGAGACGAGGCAGAGCCUGGAGCACAUGGAGCGGCUUCACCACAGGCUCUUCCAGGAGAUGGACCGGACCUGGUCCCAGAGGGGGGUCUUCCAGACCGUGGCGGUCCAGCAGAUGGGGGGCGGCGGCUUCGCCCUCAGCCUGGACACCGCGGCCUUCUUCCCGGAGGAGCUGUCCGUCAAACAGGUGGGGAGGAGGCUGAGGGUGAGCGGCCGGACGCAGAGUGGGCAGGAGGACGCCUCCUCCUCCUCCUCCUCCUCCAGGUGUGAGGAGUUCAUGCAGGAGUUCCAGCUGCCGGACGGCGUCGACCCCGAGGCCGUCACCUGCUCGCUGCUGGGGGGGCGGCUGCAGAUCCAGGCCCCCAAGGAGAGAGCAGUGCAUGAUGGGAAGGAGAGGCUGGUCCCCAUCCACCUCACCUCCUCCUCCUCCUCCACCUCCCCGUCUGAGAGCAGCCCUGCUGAGAUAAACUGAACCGAGUGAAGCCUCCCAUCUGUUCUCCUAUCUUUGUUUCGUGAGGCGUGGACUUUAGUUUGAAUAAUUAUUAUUAAUCUGCUUCAGCCUCAUAAAUAUGUUCCUCUAUUCUCAUUUAUUAUUAAUUAACUUUUGAUUUUAACAUCUAAUUGUUUUUCUCUUAAUUUUUCCUUUUUUUCUCCACAUAAAUGUGCUUGUGAUUAAUUUACUUUAAAUAAAUAUAAAAAAUAUUCUAUUAUUUCUUUCUGACUGUUGAUCAUCAAAUAAAUUAAUUUUCACAUUUCAUCUCUACGAUGUCCAGCUCAUCGUGACAUUACGAUGUUUCUCAUGAAACUCGUGGCUCCUUCACGGAUCGUUGGAACAAUGAAACACAGGACGCCAGUUUUCCUUUCUUUGUAAAAUAAUUCUCAAUAAACUUAAUUUAUUCACAAACUGCU